GCGGCGCUCGACGCCUUCUACAACGCGGACCUGGUGGUGCUGGAGGUGAGCAGCUCCCUGGCACAGCCGUCCCUGUUCUACCACCUGGGUGUGCGCGAGAGCUUCAGCAUGGCCAACAACGUGCUCCUCUGUGCCCAGGCCGACCUCCCCGACCUGCAGGCCCUGCGUGAAGAUGUCUUCCAGAAGAACUCGGACUGUGCCGGCAGCUACACGCUGAUCCCCUACCUGGUAACAGGCACUGGGCGUGUGCUCUGUGGGGACGCUGGCCUCCUGAGGGGCCUCGCUGAUGGACUGGUGCAGGCUGGGGUGGGCACCGAGGCCUUGCUCACCCCCCUGGUGGACCGGCUGGCCCGCCUGCUGGAGGCCACCCCGACGGACUCCUGCGGCUACUUCCGGGAGACCAUCCGGCAGGGGAUCCGACAGGCCCGGGAGCGGCUGGGGGGGCAAGAGCUGCGGCAGGAGCUGGCGCGCCUGCAGCAGAGGCUGGACAGCGUGGAGCUGCUGAGCCCUGACGUCGUCAUGAACUUGCUGCUGUCCUACCGCGAUGUGCAGGACUACUCAGCCAUCAUCCAGCUGGUGGAGACGCUGCAGGCCCUGCCCACCUGUGAUGUCAAGGAGCAGCACAGCGUCUGCUUCCACUACACCUUCGCCCUCAACCGGAGGAACAGGCCUGGGGACCGGGAGAAGGCGCUGGCUGUGCUGCUGCCCCUGGUGCAGUCCGAGGCGCCAGUGGCACCUGACCUGUACUGUAUGUGUGGCCGCGUCUACAAGGACCUGUUCUUCAGCUCCGGCUUCCAGGAUGCUGGGCACCGGGAGCAGGCCUGUCACUGGUACCGUAAGGCUUUUGACGUGGAGCCUAGUCUCCAUGCGGGCAUCAACGCAGCUGUGCUCCUCAUUGCCGCUGGGCAGCACUUCGAGGACUCGGAGGAACUCCGGCUCAUAGGCAUGAAGCUGGGCUGCCUGCUGGCCCGCAAAGGCCGCGUGGAGAAGAUGCAGCACUACUGGGACGCGGGUUUCUACCUGGGCGUCCAGAUCCUUGCCAACGACCCUGUCCAGGUGGUGCUGGCCGCAGAGCAGCUGUACAGGCUCAGCGCCCCCGUCUGGUACCUGGUGUCGGUUAUGGAGACGGUCCUGCUCUACCAGCACUUCAGGCCUGCGCCUGCGCCCUCUGGGGGGCCCCAGCGCCGCGCACACUUCUGGCUCCAAUUCUUGCUGCAGUCCUGCCAGCCGCUGGAUGAGGCCUCUCCCCAGGGGGACCAGUGCUUGGUGCUGGUCCUGGAGAUGAACAAGGUGAUGCUGCCGGCAGUGCUCCAGGCUCAGGGCGCCGACCCGGUGAGCGCUGUGACACUGAGCCUGCUGGAGCCGGAGACCCAGGAUGUCCCCUCCAGCCAGACCUUCUCCGUGGCCUCCAUCUGCGGUGUCAGCGCCUCCAAGCAGGACGGGCGCUGCUGCUUCCUCUACGCGCUGCCCCCGGCCCAGGACGUCCAGCUGUGCUUCCCCAGCGGCGGGCACUGCUGGUUCUGCCGCCUGAUCCAGGCCUUGGUGUCGAAUCCCGAGUCCAUGGCCCCAGCGGAGGAGGCGGAGGGCGUGGGGGAGGUACUCGAGUUUGACUAUGAGUACACGGAGACCGGCGAGCGGCUGGUGCUGGGCAGGGGGUGGGUGGGCCUAACUGGCUGGGGGGCGGUGCGCCCAGACCCUUCCCGGUCUUCUCUGCCCCGACAUCCCAGGUUCUCCCAGCCCCUGCACCAGGAGAUCGCUCUUCACAGACGCCUGCGCCACAAGAACAUCGUGCGUUACCUGGGCUCAGCCAGCCAGGGCGGCUACCUGAAGAUCUUCAUGGAGGAAGUGCCUGGAGGCAGCCUGUCCUCCUUGCUGCGGUCAGUGUGGGGACCCCUGAAGGACAACGAGAGCACCAUCAGUUUCUACACCCGUCAGAUCCUGCAGGGGCUCAGCUACCUGCAUGACCACCACAUCAUCCACCGUGACAUCAAGGGCGACAACGUGCUCAUCAACACCUUCAGUGGGCUGCUCAAGAUCUCUGACUUCGGCACCUCCAAACGGCUGGCAGGCAUCACCCCCUGCACUGAGACGUUCACAGGCACCCUGCAGUACAUGGCUCCCGAGAUCAUCGACCAGGGCCCACAAGGGUACGGCAAGGCGGCUGAUAUCUGGUCCCUGGGCUGCACUGUGAUCGAGAUGGCCACCGGUCACCCACCCUUCCAUGAGCUAGGGAGCCCUCAGGCUGCCAUGUUUCAGGUGGGCAUGUACAAGGUGCACCCGCCCAUGCCCAGCCCUCUGUCUGCCGAGGCCCAAGCCUUCCUCCUCCGAACUUUUGAGCCAGACCCCCGCCUUCGAGCCAGUGCCCAAGCGCUGCUGGGGGACCCCUUCCUGCAGCCUGGGAAGAGGAGCCGCAGCCCUGGCUCCCUGCGCUGUGCCUCAGGACCCUCAGAUACUCCUUCAGCCAGUUCCACCCCUUCGGCUGACUUGACCACCCAGUCUCAGACAUUCCCGUGCCCUCAGGCACCUUCUCAGCACCCGCCCAGCUCCCCGAAACGCUGCCUCAGUUACGAGGGCACCAGCCAGCUUCGGGCGCCCGAGGAGCCCUUGUCGCCGGAGGACAGCUCUGGGCCCAGCCUGCUGCACCAGGAGAGCCAGCGCAGGGCCAUGCUGGCCGCAGUGCUGGGGCAGGAGCUGCGGGCGCUGGCCGAGAAGCUGCGCCUGGAGGAGCAGGGUUCCCGUCUGGGCACGGAUCACGUGGAACAGCUACUGCGCUGCCUCAGGGCGCACAUCCACACUCCCGACCGCCCGCAGCUGGUCCAGGACCUGCAGGCGCUGCAGGAGCAGCUGCGGAUCCACGGUCUUGAGCCUGCACUUCUGCACAGGCCGCUCUUCGCCUUCCCGGACGCGGUGAAACAGAUCCUCCGCAGGCGCCAGAUCCGCCCACACUGGAUGUUCGUGCUAGACUCGCUGCUCAGCCGCGCAGUACGGGCAGCACUGGCAGCGCUGGGCCCAGGCCGGGGUACUAGCGGAUGGGUCGAGGAGGAAGCGGUCUCAUCGAGGUCCAAGGCGUUGAGUAAAGAAGGGAUGUCCCAGCCACAGCAGGCAGUCCUGGUCCGGGGGAGCCAGCUCCCCCUGCCAGAACCUGAGCCCUGUCUCCCGCCUCUGAUGGUGCAGUUGGGUCUCCUGCGAGUGGAGACUGAGAGGCUUCGCAGGGUCCUGGAGGGGAAGGAGCGGGAAUACCAGGCCCUGCUGCGAGGAGCUCCGCAGAGGGUGAGUGAGGAGACCAGGACUUGUCUCCCUGCCUCAGAGCCCCCAGACCAGGGCCUGGUGCGGUGGCUUCGGAGACUGAACGUGGAUCCAGACACCAUCCAGACGCUGCUGAAUCACAGCUUCACCCUCAAUGUCCUGCUCACCUGUGCCACCAGAGAUGACCUCGCCUAUACCUGCAUCAGGGGAGGCAUGACGUGCCACAUCUGGAGAGCCAUUGUGGCCCAGCGCACCGGAGCCACACCAGCGCCCCGGGGCCCCAGGCCACUGAAUGACGGCUCGAGGCAGCUCUGCCCCAGGACUGGCGAACCACGAAGGCAUAGCUUCUGACAUGCCUCAGGGUGCACACCCACACUGGACCCAGCCUGGACACGGGUUGUGGGCAAGGACUGUGAGCACCACCAGCGAGGCCAUUAAACUGAGCACUUCUGCACCCA